UUUUAAUUAUUAAUUUAGUUCUUCAAACUUGUCUCAGAGGAAGGCCAGUUUUAUAGCUUCUCUCAGCAGCAUAACUGUUUUCAGCUGCGCUCACAUAAAAAUGGUUUUCAAGGGUUUUCCACCCCUCCGUUAGUCUUCUAAGGCGAUAACACAAUGUACUAUUAGAGCACUGGAGAUGGGCCUCUACACACCUCUGUAGAGACUUCAUUAACACCAGAGAAUAGUCAUUUACACAUUAACUAUGUAGAGAGUGUAUUUAUGAUUAAUUUAGUUAUCUUCAUUGAAAAAAAGUGCUUUAUUUUGAAAAAUAAGGACAUUUCUAAGUGACCCCAAACUUUUGAAUGGUAGUGUAUAUAUAAUGCAGCCUAACAACAGAAAUGACCCUCUCAGGAAUUUACCAGCACGGCUUCGGCUUUAUUGGAGCGCCUGCUGAGGUCAUACAUAUCACACAGAUUUCAUUCUCAGGGGUCAUCAUUGAUCACAAGGACCCCUUUAGAAAAAGAACAAUAUGAAUACAAUCAGUUGUACUUAAGAGAGACAUCCAAUGACAUAUGACAUCUUUUUUUUUCCGCCCGUGGUCCUGAAAGCUGUGAUUAAUGAGCUGAUCUCGGGAUGUGAAUUGGCCUAUUGACAACCCUAAAAGUCGUCUUGUGCUUUAUUAAAAAAGAAAAAGCCUGCUUUCCUGCUUUUGGAUCCCUCAGGCUGGAACCCUUCGACACCGUCCCAUCAUAGAGCCACAUGAGGCUACACACACACACACACACACACACACACACACACACACACACAUUACAACCACGCCACUAAACCUUUGCAACUCGCAUUUGUACUCAGACGACUUUGAUUCCUCAACAUCACACAUCGAAUAAUUGCCGUUGUGCAUCCGAUACGUGUGCUAGAAUAAUUGCAAUUAAAUCUAAACCAGGAAGGUCUUCUAACUCUCUAAUUACUCUGGUGUUGAAAGUAGGCUUAUGAAUAAUAAAAAGCAGCGUGUUGCUGUCUUCAUCUGUCCACACUCGGUAACCCUGGGCUGAUUGGGGAGGUUAUUUGCGUCCUCCUGGUCGGUCAAGACGAGCUCCACUUGGGGCCUUCAGGCGAUAUAAAACAAUGGCAAACGCAAGCAAGGACCUCUAGAUGCUCCAAAACGGUGGUGUGUGUGUGUGUGUGCACAAAUCUCGGGGCCACAUGCAUGCAUGCGCGUGCAGCUGUGAUGUAUUGUAAUGGAUGAGGCAGGCGUCGGGUCCCCAGUGAGAGUCUGGAGGUUUAUAAAACCGGCAUGUUCCCGGACACCAGCGGACACUCCUCACGCCGCAGCACCUGGGAGGAAGACCUGCGAGGAAGAUCUAUUUCAUCCGACCUCGAUUUAUUUAUCCGUCGACGAUGUCGUGACGGCCGUCGCUCGUCAGAAGUGUCGGGAGGGACGGCGGCGACCGGAGGAAUCGAACCGACGGACACGUCGCAUCUCGUAAGCCUUCGAAUUAUGGAGGGUCCCCCUCUGUCUCACAGCUGCGAGCUAUCCCUGCCCUUCUGCGCCGACGGCGCCGGCUCGCCGACCGGCGCCAAGGCCCACCAGGUCGGCGGGGUCAGAGUUCAGCUGGAGAUGCACGCGCUGUGGCAGCAGUUUGACCAGCUGGGCACGGAGAUGAUCGUCACCAAAGCCGGAAGGAGGAUGUUUCCGACAUUCCAGGUGCAAAUCUCCGGGAUGGAUCCGACGGCCGAGUACGUGCUCCUCAUGGACUUUCUCAUCGUCGACGACAAACGAUACAGGUACGCGUUCCACAGCUCGUCCUGGUUGGUGACGGGUCGGGCGGAUGUCGUCGCCCCGAGCCGGAUGCAUUUCCACCCGGACUCGCCCGCCUGCGGCGCCCAGUGGAUGAAGCAGACCGUCUCCUUCGACACCCUCAAGCUCACCAACAACCUGCUGGACGACAACGGGCACAUGAUAUUGAACUCCAUGCAUCGCUACCAGCCGCGCUUCCACGUGGUCUACGUGGACCCGGCCCCCGACAGCCACUUGAACGCGUACAGGAACUUCUGCUCCUUUUCCUUCCCUGAGACGCGCUUCAUGGCCGUCACUGCCUAUCAGAACCACAGGAUCACCCAGCUAAAAAUUGCCAGCAACCCAUUCGCUAAAGGCUUCAGGACGACGGACCCCCAGAACCGGGUGGGUUAUUCUGGACCCCUGGCAGCGUGGUGUCCACCAGAGGGCAGUGCUGAGCUGCUCGCCACCAAACCUGGAGAGGAACAGAGGAUCUGGGGCUCAAAGACGACAACCAGAGAGGAGGAGCCGGCUCUGUUGCUCGGGGAACAGUGUGGACUGUUCCACCACUGCAAAGACUCUGUGGGACUCACCAUGGAGGUGAAGGAUGGGGAUGGCGUAUUGGCAGCGGCCUCCUUCCUCCCUGUUCCUCCCUACUGGGACUGUCCAGGGUCGUCGGAGGAGAGAGGCAGUCUGUCUUAG